AUGGUCGAGGGGGUCUACCUUUGGGGAGAGGAGGUCGACCAGUGGGUAGAGGAGGCCCCCCAGCCUAUACAACAGACUGGGAGAAUGCAGAGUUUGCAGAGUGCCCUCCAGAAGAAGACAAAUACUGGGAUGAGUGGGGCCCUCCAAUCAGUCACAGAGAGACAACAUGAGAUCAUCUUAAAAGCAGCCCAAGAACUUAAAUUGAUUAGGGAACUGCAAGAAACGAAUCCUUUGAGUGUUGAGCCACAGCCUUCUGCUCUUGCUUCUGAUGUUAUGCCUGAGCUUCCUGCUGGUCUUCUUGGUCUGGAGAUUCCACAAGACAUAAAAAAUGUUUUGAAGGGUAUUGCUUCACAGUCUACAAGUAAAGACCCUUUGACUGGAGAUGACCAUCUUGCUGCCACCGAUUAUCAGAUAACUCGUCAAAGUUCUGUUCAUCCAAAAACUGUGGAUUAUGCGCACGGGCAUGAGCCUGGGACGACUGUUGAAAAAAUAUCUUAUGGUGAAAGAAUUAUUUUAAGACCAGAUCCUGUACGAACUGAAAGGGGCUAUGAAAAAGAAUCUCUCAGUCUGGGAGACCCUUACAGCAGAGACCACUAUGAAAGACGAGACCCAUACUUGGACCGCCACGAGUACAGCAGAGAGAGGGAUUACAGAGAAAAGUUAGCUGAAAGAGAGAAAUAUGAGCGCUAUACAUUGAGAGAUGACAGAUACCGUGAAAGGGAGAGAGAACGAGAAGUUCGGGAGCGAGACCAUAGUGGAAGUCGGGAUCGGGAUCAUUAUGGAAGAUCAGACUACGACAGAUCAUCUUACAAACAAGCCAGUCUGGAACGGGAUCGCUACAGCCAUGGGCUCUCUCCACAAUUGGAACGAAGAAGUUAUGAAGAUAGAGCUCCUCCCGCUGCCCCAGCGCUGCCACCAGCCGCCCCGCCUUCCACUCGACUCGAUAAGAAACCAGAAUUGAAGAACAUUGAUGAUAUCCUUAAAAUGCCCGGAAGAUUGACUCGACCUGAUAGGAUUGUCAUCAUAAUGAGGGGUCUCCCAGGAAGCGGAAAAAGUCAUGUUGCGAAGCUCAUUCGAGAUAAAGAGGUCCAUUGUGGAGGUGCACCUCCACGGGUGAUUGUUUUGGAUGAUUAUUUCAUGACAGAAGUGGAGAAAGUUGAAAAAGACCCUGAUACAGGAAAGAGAGUUAAGCGAAGGGUUCUGGAAUAUGAAUAUGAACCAGAAAUGGAAGAAACUUAUCGAAGCAGUAUGCUGAAAACUUUCAAGAAAACUUUGGAUGAUGGUUUUUUCCCAUUCAUCAUAUUGGACACAGUUAAUGACAGAGUGAGGCACUUUGACCAAUUCUGGAGUGCAGCAAAGACGAAAGGGUUUGAGGUAUAUCUUGCUGAAAUCACAGCUGAUGUUCAGACGUGUGCAAAGAGAAACGUGCAUGGACGCAAACUUAAGGAUAUAACUAAGAUGGCUAACACCUGGGAGCCAUCCCCAACUCAUAUGGUGUGUCUUGAUGUCCGUUCAAUUCUGCAGGAUGCAGCUAUAGAGGAGGUGGAGAUGGAGGAUUUUAAUCCUGAUGAUGAAGUCAAGCAACCUAAGGAUGAAGAGGAGAGUGAGAGGGGAUACCUUCCGAAAAGCAAAUGGGAGAUGGACACUUCUGAAGCAAAACUUGACCGGUUGGACGGCCUGAGUAUCGGCGGGAAGCGGAAACGUGCAUCAGGGUUAGAGGACUUCCUCCAGCUGCCAGACGACUACGCCACUCGCCUGUCUCAACCUGGGAAGAAGAGGGUCCGAUGGGCAGAUCUUGAGGAGCAGAAGAACACGGACCUGAAACGAGCCAUUGGUUUUGUGGUUGGUCAAACAGACUGGGAGCGAAUCACAGAUGGCAGCGGGCAGCUGGCACAGAAAGCGCUCAACCGGACAAAGUAUUUCUGA